AUGCUCCAAUCUGCAGCAAGUUUCUUAGCUGGGUAUGCCUUCCGUGCGCAAUGUGGCUCCUUCCCCUGUGCAGCCAGCUGCAAAGGUGCCGCCAACACGCGGCCGUUCAAGUUGAGCAUUGUCGUUCACAGCGCAGCUGUGGAGAAGAUUGGAGGGCCCGGGCUGGUGCAGGAUCAGCGGCCAUAUGUCAGCAUACGCAUCAACGACAAGCUUAAGGAAACAGAGUUGGGAGACUGGAGCUCUGAAAAGGAGCAGUGGUGUUUCCGAGAGGUUAUCACCCUUGAGGUAGUGCCCACAGAUGAAGUCUUUGUGGCCGUUUCCAGCAGCACCAAGUAUGAUUUCUGGCUGGCCUCAGUGCAGCUGACCAGCACCAAGAUCGGCGAGGCUUGCUUUCCCGUCUUCUCAGUUAUUCCACGACUCAGACAGGAGGACCGUGACGAAGACGGCAUGGUCUGGUCCUCUCCCAUCAUUCCGUUCGAUGUAAGGGAUGACGGCACAACCACUGCUCGCACCUACCUCUCCUUCGAGACCACGCAGGUGCCCGGAAACAACCCUCGGAGCCACAAGAUUUCCGAAGGAUGCUGCCAGAUGUCACGCAAGUGGGAUGCCGAUGAUGACGACGGCCCCUACGACAGCAGCCCGAGCACUCGAGAGAGCGACUAG